ACUGUGUUUCUGCUAUUUGUAAGCUGACAUGAGGCAGAAGGCAAGCAUCGGGAGUUUUAUUCAUUCUGGUCUCUUCGUGUUGAAACAGGAAAAGCCUUUUCACCUGCCUGCCUUUGAAGAAGUACUCAGACUGCCAUGGCCUCUAAAGAUUCCCAGAACCAAAACCCUAGAGGUCUGCCUAGUUUUCUUCCUCGAGCUACAAGCUCAGAUCAAAACUCUCAAGAGGCUUCUUCCAAUCCCAGGAAACAAGCAAGGCAGCAGCCGGAUGUCUCUCAGCCAAGCAGUUUCCUGCCAACAGCCGCUCUCCCUCCUGGUCUAGAGUAUUUAAGCCAGCUGGACCUGAUAAUCAUCCAUCAGCAGGUGGAACUUCUUGGGAUGAUACUCGGCACUGAGACCUCCAACAAAUAUGAGAUCAAAAACAGCUUGGGACAAAGAAUUUACUUUGCAGUGGAAGAAAGCAUCUGUUUUAAUCGUAAUGUGUGUUCCACGCUGCGAGCCUGCACCCUGAGGAUCACAGACAACUCAGGUCGAGAGGUGAUUACAGUGAACAGGCCCCUAAGGUGUAACAGCUGCUGGUGCCCUUGCUACCUACAAGAGCUAGAAAUCCAAGCCCCUCCUGGUACUAUAGUUGGUUAUGUUGCACAGAAGUGGGACCCCUUUCAGCCCAAAUUCACAAUCCAAAAUGCAAACAAAGAAGAUAUUUUGAAAAUCGUUGGUCCUUGUGCAACUUGUGGCUGUUUUGGUGAUGUGGACUUUGAGGUGAAAACUGUUGAUGAAAAGGUUACAAUCGGGAAGAUCUCCAAGUACUGGUCGGGAUUUGUCAAUGAUGUGUUCACAAACGCUGACAACUUUGGGAUCCAUGUUCCUGCAGAUCUCGACGUGACACUCAAAGCAGCAAUGAUUGGUGCUUGCUUUCUCUUUGAUUUUAUGUUCUUUGAACAUUCGCUUGCUGGAUUAUAACAAGCACGAUGACGAAAACAAUAAAACAUGCAAAACACAUUUCAAUGUCCCUUGGGCUCUGAGUUUCAUUUCUGAAUGGUCUGAGUAUUUGAUUUUUUUUAUAACUAAAUGUUAAUUACUAUAUUUAUUAAAACACAGUUUAAUGAGACAAUUACCUGGUUGUGAACGCGUGAUAGCUAAAUACGCAAUUACUAGCAUGAGUCCAAGGUUACUGUGAGAGAUUAUCAUUCUCUUUUUAUUCUUUUGAAGUCACUGCAAUGGUAAGCAUGAAAGAUGAGAGCUAAGGCUUGCAGCAUCACUGAUGGGAAUUCAGUGUUUAGAGAACACUUUGAAGUGUUGCUGGUACUAUGGGUGGUUACUAAUCAAAAGGCUUGAAUUUCUAAAAUAUCUUUUCAAAAGUAGCUCCUUUUGACUUCCUUAAUUUUAUUUCUUUUUAAAAAUUUUUCUCGUGUAUUCU